CGAGCUGGUCUAGGUAGUGGCCCGUCCAUCUUUCUUACCAUCACCUCUCUCGUAUCCCGCUCCCUCUCUCAUCCUCCAUCGCAGUGCUACAGUCAAUACACACCGUUUUGAGAUCUCCACAACUCUACAUCUAUCCUUAAUUUCCAGAAACUUCCCCCGGUCUCACGUCUCUCAAUCCCAUAUCCAACAUGUCCGACUCCGAUUCUGAACCCCAUGCCCGCACCACGAUGCAGCAGAACAAGCAGCUCGAGGCCAAGAAGCAACAAAAACGCGAAGCCGGCCUGCAGAGCGCCCGCUCACGAUCCUCCUCCCGCCGAGACCGCCGCCGCCGUAUUCAGAAGGGCAUUGAAGACGGCAAAUACAUGAAAACCGCUUCACUAGAAGCCCUCGAGGAAGCUGAUGCCAACGGGGAGCUCAACAGCAUGCAGGCCUUCGAACGUAUUGGCCCGGACAGCACCUCGAUGGAUGGUCCCGUCACAAAGGCGAGAGCAAUGAGAGGCGAGAUACCUAUGCGGGGGACGGACCCGAACCAACCGUAUCGCAUGGAGCAACAGGCGAAGCCGUCAGGCGGCUUGGAUGAGCAGGACGGGCUAAAGCUCAAACUCGAGGCGAAUCUCGAGAUUGAGAUCGAGCUCAAGGCUAGCAUUCGAGGUGAUCUGACGCUGUCGUUAUUAGAAUAACAGGCAAUAAUAGUGCAUGAGCGAUUCGAGCCGAUCGCUCUCCGUUUGCGAACUCUUUCGCAGUCAUCCGGGUCUAUUAACAGCGUCGGAUUGUGGAGGACGACGACUGAUGACGGCUUAUGAAGUG